AUGUUACCUUAUCAAAUAAAUAGUUAUAAAAUUUUUAUUAAUUUUAAUAAUUUAUUUUAUUUUAUUUUAUUUCUUUUUAUUAAGUUAAUAUAUAGUUUUUUACUAAAAAUGACAUCAUUUUUUUUUACACAUUAUCCCUAUAUUAAUUUUAUUUUCUUUAUAUUUUCGAACGUUAAUCUAUUUUUAUUUUUUGCUCGAUUGCGUGAAACAAAAAAAAAUUUAAUUGAAAAAUUAAUUCUAAAUAAAAUAAUUCAUAAAAAUAAUAAUAAUAAUAAAUUAAAUGGUAAGCCAAAUUUGAUUAAAGAGGAUAUUGAAUGGAUAAAGGACAAGAAGAAUAUGUUGAAAGAAUUAUUAAUAAGAAAUAGUCAAGAGAUGUUGAACUUAUCAUUGUGGGUAAAGAAUAAGAGAUGCAGAGAAAGUUUAAUUAAUGAGAAAAUUCUAGAAGAGAUUGAAACCUGGGAACAGUGGAAGAAUGCAAAGGAUGAGGAGUUCGCGAAGCAAGAGGAUUAUAAAUCGCCGGAAAAUAUGUAUGGAUGUUUUGCUAAAUUACUAUGGCAUAUUGAUCAGAAACGUUUGAAGAAAAUAGAAGAUGCGACACAGAAGGAUAUAAAAAUUAUUCAUUUAAAUAAAAGAUAUAUAUCUCCAAUAAGAGAAAUAUUGGAAAUGAAGAUUUCCACAUAUAAUGAAACACUUAGAAGCACUAUCACUGAAUUUGAAGAAAUAUUCAAAUCUUAUUACUGGAUUACAUGGAAAGAGCUGAAAGAAUUAGAGAAAAGAAAAUCUACAUUGGAAAAGAAAAAGGAAGAAAUUAUUAAAGAAAAUGAAAAACUUCAAAUGGAAAUUACCAUAAAGAAUGAUGAGGAAAGGACAGUAAAAAAAAGGUUACGUAAAUUCAGAAAAGGUGAAAGAUCUCAUGAAAUUAAAAAAAAAAAAAAAAAAAAAAAAAGUAAAAAAGAAAGGAUAUACAUAUCUAUGUUUUUUCAUAAUUUAAAAAUAUUAUGA